GAAGAAAUCUUAACGGAUUUAGGCGUAGCUGGAUCAGAUACAAAUGCUAAGAAUGAUCAGAAAAUUGCUCGACAAUUGGAGAAAUUGUUAGAAGAGCAUAAUCAUUUUAAAUGUGAGAUUAAACGUGAAAAAGCUUAUUUGAAUGAGUUGGAUAUGCAGAUUGUUAUGGCGAAGAAAAAUAUUGUUGAGUUAAGAGGAAGGACUUUAACUGAAGUGCAAUGUACAGCUAAAAUUUACGAAGAACAAAGCACUUUGGAAGCUUUAGAAAAUAAGUUGGAUACAGCUACAAAGAGGUUUUGUACUACAAUUGCUUCUAAUAGGAAGUUGAGGGAGGAUAUUGAUCAUUUGUUAAUUGAAAGAGCCAAUUUUAAUAAGUCAUGGGAUAGGUUGUGUAAUAAUUUGUCGCAUGGGAAGAAAUUUAUGUUGGAUUUGAUUGAACAAGCUACGAUUGCGUAUGAUCAAAGGGAGGAAUGGUGUCAGAAGCUGUCAGCGUUAAGAACUAAGGCUUAUAAUGAGUACUUAAGUCAUACUUCUGAAAUGACUAAUAUUCAACGCCAAAUAGACUACGGUGACAAACUCCAAAACUUCCUCAACACAAAAGGCCAACGCAGAAUAAUGCGUAAUCUAAUGCGUAAAGAACAAGAACGUCGUGAAUUACAACGAAAAGAAAUGCAAGAACUUUUAGAAAACUACAACAAUAUCAUCGAAAACAUUCGAGAAUUCAUGGGCGAAACAAACAUCAAAAUAGUUGGCGAACGUUUUUGCUUAAACGAAAUAAACAACUUUUCUAAAUUCAGAUAUGUUAAUGAAUUAAACAAAGAAAUGGAAUCACUCAGUGAUGAUCUCAUAGAUCUUCAUUUUAGAAUUGAUGCUGCAAAUGCCAAGAAUCAAUAUUACCAAGCACAACAAAAAAACACUAUAGAAGCGCUUGUAUUGGAAUAUGAACGAACAAAAGCUGAGGCAGAUCUAGCUGAAAAUAAUUUUAAUAGAAAUGAAGAAACAUUAAAUGAGCUUUUGAAUGGUAUAGGUGGAUUGUUCCAACUUUGCAGGUGUUCCAAUGCUCCAUUAAUGGAAUUACUUGGUCAAAAUAGCACUAUUAACAUUCACAAUGCUUUAAUGUAUUUGAAAAUAUUAGAGAAGAAGGUUAACGAUAUGAUUGUCACUGUUUACUAUAAAGAUAUCAAGAAAUACAAAAAAUCUGAAACAAUCAAUGCUGAAAAAAUGACGCGUACAAUUAUAACCAUCACAGAUUUAGUUUCAAGAGAUCCUUGUCCUCUUUGUGUUGAGCAAGCUUUGGUCAGUGAUGUAAUUGAUACUCUUCAGAAAGUAAUGGAAAAAGAUCAAAUUGCUGAGAAAUUAGAAGAAGCUAUAGAAAAACGUGGUUUUAAUGAAGUGGUUCAUAAUGUAUCCGGAUGUCAUUUGCCCAAAUCAAGGGCAAUCAUCCAAAGAAGAUUCCAAUAAUUUUAAACCUUUUUUUAGUAAAAAAAUUUUGGUUUUAAAAAAUUAGAAAAAAAAUAAUAAAACAAAAUAUGUUAUUUCUUUUUAUAUCAGUUCAAAAUUUAUUCCAGUUUCCCAAGCACCAUUUUCUGGUCAACAUGACCAUACCCUAAACCAUUUUACCCUUUUUUAUAACCAUAAACCAUUUUGUAAUAAUAAACUAAAUCUAACGUG